CAUGCGCGGGGCGGGCGGCAACAAUGGCGGCCAGCGCCAAGUCCUUCCUGGCCGACGCGGGCUAUGGCGAGCAGGAGCUGGACGCCAACUCCGCCCUCAUGGAGCUGGAUAAAGGCCUCAGGUCUGGGAAGCUCGGGGAGCAGUGCGAAGCCGUCGUUCGUUUUCCGAGGCUCUUCCAGAAAUACCCGUUCCCCAUUCUCAUCAACUCGGCAUUCCUGAAGCUGGCCGAUGUUUUCAGAGUGGGGAACAACUUCCUGAGGCUAUGUGUGCUGAAAGUCACUCAGCAGAGUGAGAAGCACUUAGAGAAGAUCCUGAACGUGGAUGAAUUUGUCAAGAGAGUUUUCUCAGUAAUCCACAGCAACGAUCCGGUUGCUCGGGCUAUUACGCUGCGGAUGUUGGGCAGCAUGGCAUCUAUCAUUCCAGAAAGGAAGAAUGCACAUCACAGUAUCCGCCAGAGUUUGGAUUCCCAUGAUAAUGUGGAAGUUGAAGCUGCUAUAUUUGCUGCUGCCAACUUUUCUGCACAAUCUAAGGAUUUUGCUGUUGGAAUCUGUAAUAAAAUCAGCGAGAUGAUUCAAGGUUUGGCCACACCUGUGGACUUGAAGCUGAAGCUGAUCCCUAUUCUGCAGCACAUGCACCACGAUGCCAGCUUGGCCUCCAGCUCCCGGCAGCUGCUGCAGCAGCUGGUGACAUCCUACCCCUCCACCAAGAUGGUCAUUGUCACCCUGCACACCUUUACUCUGCUUGCUGCUUCUUCUUUGGUAGACAUUCCCAAGCAGAUCCAACUUUUGUUGCAGUACUUGAAAAAUGACCCCAGGAAAGCCGUGAAGAGGCUUGCAAUCCAGGAUUUGAAGCUGUUGGCUAACAAGACACCACAUACAUGGAGCAGAGAAAAUAUUCAGGCACUCUGUGAAUCUGCUCUUAAUACUCCUUAUGACAGCUUGAAAAUGGGCAUGUUAUCUGUUCUUUCCACGUUAUCAGGGACCAUUGCCAUUAAACAGUACUUCAGCAGUGCUCCAGGAGCAGCAGCUACAACUGCAAGGUCAUUUGAUUUGGUAAAACUAGCACAGGAGUGCUGUUACCAUAAUAACCGUGGCAUUGCAGCUCAUGGAGUGAGAAUUCUGACCAAUAUAUCAGCCUCUUGCCAGGAAAAAGAUCUUCUGCCUUUGGAGCAAGAUGCAGUUUUUGGCUUAGAAGCUCUUCUUGUUCUCUGUAGUCAAGAUGACAGCCCAGGAGCUCAGGCAACCCUAAAGAUCACGCUGACUUGCAUGGUGAAGCUGGUGAAGUGCCGCCCUCACCUGAGCCAGUCCGUGGUGGAAUCCCUGCUGGCACAGCUGCACAGUGCCCAGGACAAUGCCAGGAUCCUGAUGUGCCACUGCCUAGCAGCCAUUGCCAUGCAGCUGCCUGUCUUGGCAGAUGGGAUGCUAGGAGACCUAAUGGACCUCUAUAAAUUAAUUGGACAAUCUGCCACAGAUAAAAAGCAGGAACUCUUGGUUUCUCUUGCCACAGUGAUAUUUGUUUCCAGUCAGAAAGCUUUGUCCACAGAAAUCAAAACUGUUAUCAAACAGCAGCUUGAGAAUGCCUCCAAUGGAUGGACAGCCUACAGGAUAGCUAGGCAGGCUUCCAGGAUGGGCAACCACGACAUGGCCAGAGAACUGUACCAGAGCCUGCUGACCCAAGUGGCUUCAGAGCACUUCUACUUCUGGCUGAACAGCCUGAAGGAGUUCUCCCAUGCAGAGCAGUGCCUGACAGGCCUGCAGGAGGACAACUACAGCUCUGCACUCUCCUGCAUCGCUGAAGCCUUGAAAUCCUACCACAAGGGAAUAGCAUCACUGACGGCUGCUAGUACGCCACUUAAUCCUCUGAGCUUUCAGUGUGGAUUUGUGAAACUCAGGAUUGACCUUCUGCAAGCUUUUUCUCAACUUAUUUGUACCUGCAACAGCCUAAAAACAAGUCCACCCCCAGCGAUUGCUACAACAAUCGCUAUGACAUCAGGAAAUGAUCUCCAGAGGUGUGGACGCAUCUCCAACCAGAUGAAACACUCAAUGGAGGAAUUCCGAAGCUUGGCUACACGGUAUGGAGAUCUGUAUCAGUCAUCUUUUGAUGCAGACUCAGCAACUCUAAGGAAUGUAGAACUACAACAGCAGAGCUGCCUGUUGAUUUCACAUGCAAUAGAAGCUCUGAUUUUGGAUCCAGAAGCUGCAAGUUUCCAGGAAUAUAGCUCAAAUGGGACAGCUCAUGUUGAAAGUGAAUAUGAAAGAAGAAUGAUGUCUGUGUUUAAUCACGUACUAGAGGAAGUGGAAUCCCUCAACAGGAAGUAUGCUCCUGUGUCUUACUUGCAUACAGCUUGUCUGUGCAACGCAGUCAUUGCCUUGUUGAAGGUUCCCCUUUCAUUUCAAAGGUACUUUUUCCAAAAGUUGCAGUCUACAAGUAUUAAGCUUGCUCUAUCCCCAUCUCCAAGGAACCCAGCAGAGCCUAUAGCAAUACAGAACAACCAGCAACUGGCCCUCAAGGUGGAAGGAGUGGUUCAGCACGGAUCUAAACCGGGCCUUUUCCGGAAAAUCCAAUCCGUCUGUCUCAAUGUCUCUUCAGUGCUGCAGAGCAAAUCUGGACAAGACUAUAAGAUUCCUAUUGACAACAUGACCAAUGAAAUGGAGCAGAGGGUGGAACCGCACAACGACUACUUCAGCACCCAGUUCCUGUUAAACUUUGUGAUCCUUGGCACCCACAACAUCACCGUGGAGUCCUCUGUGAUCGAUUCAAAUGGCAUUGUCUGGAAAACUGGACCUAAAACAACGAUUUUUGUCAAGUCUCUUGAGGACCCAUACUCUCAGCAGGUUCGUCUCCAGCAGCAGCAAGGACAGCCUCCAUCCCAGCAGCAGCAGCAGAGAACUGCCUACUCACGCUUUUGAUUCCCAGAAGUGACUCUCUCCUGGUCAACUGGUGUCGAAGCUUUUCUUGGACACUUUUUUUCUUUUUUAAUAUUUUUUGGAAGACUUUUUAUUAUAACCUUCUCCUAGAAAGUCUCAGAUGCCAGUUGGUUGCUUUUUAAAUUAUCUGGGGUAAAUUUGAACUUGAUUCAGCAGAGGCAGCUGUUCAAAUUCAGAGUUGUGCUCUUAGUAUAAGAACUUCUACCUGAUCUCUGACUUCUGUUUACAAACCUGUCCCAGCAGGCUCCACAAAUUACAAUAGCAGGGGACACUAAGAGCUAGUUGGCUGGUACUUUCCAUGCAGUUGUUUUUUGAAGCACAUAGGUUCUAAUGUCAGGCUUACAGGGCAUUGGGAAACACUUCACUUUGGCCGGUUGUACAGAAAUGAGUGUUACACCAAGUGUGUGUCUUUUAAUGUGAAGGAAUUGGCAGGAAUAUCCAGAGAUCCUUUUUCUAGCAUUUUAAUAGCAAGUUCCAGUAUUUGGCUGGUAUAUGUAUGUUAUUACAAUUCAUCAGCACUACUUAAUGCAUGCAGCUGAAAGAAAAAAUUGCUCUUCACUUGUGAUACCCAGUCACUGCAGAGGGAGGAGACUGCUUGAGGGGUUGAUGUCUGGGGAGUCUUGCAAGGGGCAGAGUUUUACAGGUGGGAAUAAUCACUGUCUCUCAGAUGAUAUGGAAGAUAUUACUGUGUUGUUUUUAAAUUUUCAUGUAUCUGUAUUUCUGAAGCCUUCAGUUUUGUUGGGGUUUUUUUACUUGCUCUUUUAAGAGGGAAAUUAAAAUGAAUGACAAGCU